ACCACAAAUCGAACCAAUCUGUGUGGUAACUUAACUAUGGAGCAGAAAUAGUGUAUCCCGUGAUUCUUUGCUGAAGGCUGACAAGUGGAUCCAAGAUGGCGUAGAAAGUAAAGCUAGAAGUUCUGUCCCUAAGUCAUGGCGGACAGGAGGCCAGAGAAGUCAUGUGAAGAGGCCAGUGAAUCGUUAGCCAGGCGGGAGUACGAGGCGGUGGUGAGCCACUGCACGGAGGCGCUCCUCCUGCUCGGCCUUCAGCCCCCCGGUCCCCGCGCAGUGCCCCUCCGCAGUCGGGCCCUGCUGUACCGGAUCGCCGCCCUUCUGCAGCUGAAGAACUAUGAUCAAGCAGAUGAAGACUGUAAGCAUGUGCUGGCGGAGGAAAUGGCCGAGGCAGACGGGUCCUUCCAGGCGGGGCUGCACAGCAUGCUGCUGGACGGCAGUCUGCGGGAAGUCUCCGCCAUUCUGUCCAGGGCGCUGUUCGGGGAGCCGCUGAAUGGGAUCGUAACGAAGGAUUUGACCAGACUGAAAAUGCUGCUCUCUGAAAUUGAGGCAGUAAGUAGCAAGAUGGCUUCGGAAUACACAGAAGACACCGAGGAAGGUGAGGCAUGUGUGGAAGGUGAGGAAGAUGUCCAAGAUGGCUGGCAGUUCCGCCCCCCUCCCCGAGGGGUCACCAGUAGUGAAGAGUACACGUUGUGUAAGAGGUUCCUGGAGCAGGGCCUAUGCAGGUACGGGGCCCAGUGCACCUCCGCGCACUCUCAGGAGGAGCUGACGGAGUGGCAGCAGCGCUACGCCUCCCGGCUCAUCCGCCUCAAGCAGCAGCAGGAGAGCAAGCACUUCACCGAGAACUACAUGGAGGCGCUCAUCGAGAAGUGGAUGAACUCCCUCUCCCCGGAGAAAGUGUUGAGUGACUAUUUGGACGGUGUGAAUGUGGAACACAGCUCCGACCUGUCGGUGACGGUCACCUCCAAGAAAUCAUCUCACUCCUGGACGUUCUCGCUCCUAUGCAAGCCCGCCCGGACGCUGUACCGCAUCGCCCUGCUGUACGACGCCCACCGGCCCCACUUCGCCAUCACGGCGGUGUCGGCGGGCGACGCCUCCGCCCAGCUGCUGCAGGAGGUGCCGGGCGGCUGCCAGGAGUGGACCGGCGACGGCGCCGCCCAGAACGGCAUGGACCACUGCCUCUACAAGGUGGCGGUGGGCUUCAGCACCGAGAUCUUCGGCACCUUCCGGCAGACCAUCGUCUUCGACUUCGGCUCGGAGCCCGUGCUGAUGCAGAGGGUCAUGGUGGACGCCGCCUCCAUCGAGGACCUGGAGCACCUGAAGCAGGCGCGGCAGCAGCUGCUGAUGACGGCCAAGCGCUGGGACUCGUCCUGCAAGACCAUCGUGGAGUUCGGGCCCAACGAGACCAUGGAGCUGGAGCGCGGCCUGCUGGCCCGCUACCAGAUCCCGCUCUCGGCCGACCAGCUCUUCACCCAGUCCGUCCUGGACAAGACGCUGACCCGGGAGAACUACCAGGCCCGGCUGCACGACCUGCUCUACAUCGAGGAGAUCGCCCAGUACAAGGAAGUCAGCAAGUUCAACAUCAAGGUGAACCUCCAGCUGGUGACCAGCUUCAUGCUGACGGGCAUCUCGGGCGGCGCCAAGUACGCCCAGAACGGGCAGCUGUUCGGCCGCUUCAAGCUGACGGAGACGCUGUCGGAGGACACGCUGGCCGGCCGGCUGGUCAUGACCAAGGUCAACUCGGUCCUGCUGCUGCCGCUGCAGCGCGAGUGGUCCAGCCAGCCGCCCGGCGUCAAGGAGCGCGUCUACGAGGGCCUGAUCGAGGAGAAGACCAAGGACUACAUCUUCCUGCGCAUCUGCAAGGACUGCUGCGACGAGCUGUGCCUGCAGCCGGACAGGGAACUGCAGGUGGAGCUGCAGUUCCAGCUGAACCGCCUGCCGCUCUGCGAAAUGCACUACGCCCUGGACCGCGUCAAGGACAACGGCAUCCUGUUCCCCGACGUCAGCCUCACCCCGACCAUCCCCUGGAGCCCCAACAGGCAGUGGGACGAGCAGCUGGACCCGCGGCUCAACGCCAAGCAGAAGGAGGCCAUCCUGGCCAUCACCACGCCCCUGUCCAUCCAGCUGCCCCCCGUGCUCAUCAUCGGGCCCUACGGCACGGGCAAGACCUUCACGCUGGCACAGGCGGUCAAGCACAUCCUCAAGCAGCCAGACAGCAGGGUCCUCAUUUGUACCCACUCCAACAGCGCUGCUGAUCUGUACAUAAAGGAUUACCUUCACCCGUACGUGGAAGCAGGCAAUCCCCACGCUCGGCCUCUCAGGGUUUACUUCCGGAACCGGUGGGUGAAGACGGUGCACCCCUUGGUGCAGCAGUACUGCCUGAUCUCCAGCACGCAGUUCACCUUCCAGAUGCCCGAGCGGGAGGACAUCCUCAAGCACAGGGUGGUGGUGGUGACCCUCAGCACCUCCCAGUACCUGUGCCAGCUGGACCUGGAGCCCGGCCUGUUCUCCCACAUCCUGCUGGACGAGGCGGCCCAGGCCAUGGAGUGCGAGACCAUCAUGCCGUUCGCCCUGGCCAGCAGGAGCACCCGGAUCGUCCUGGCGGGAGACCACAUGCAGCUCAGCCCCUUCGUGUACAGCGAGUUUGCCCGCGAGAGGAACCUGCACGUGUCGCUGCUGGACCGGCUGUACGAGCACUACCCGGCCGAGUACCCCUGCCGCAUCCUGCUGUGCGAGAACUACCGCUCCCACGAGGCCAUCAUCAAUUACACGUCGGAGCUGUUCUACGAUGGCAAGCUGAUGGCCAGUGGGAAGCAGCCCUCACACAAGGACUUCUACCCCCUGACCUUCUUCACUGCGAGGGGGGAGGACGUGCAGGAGAAGAACAGCACCGCCUACUACAACAACGCCGAGGUGUUUGAGAUCGUGGAGCGGGUGGAGGAGAUGCGGAAGAAGUGGCCGGUGGCCUGGGGCAAGCUGGACGAGGGCAGCAUCGGGGUGGUGUCCCCCUACGCCGACCAGGUGUUCCGCAUCCGCGCCGAGCUGCGCAAGAAGAGGAUGCCCGAAGUGAGCGUGGAGCGGGUGCUCAACGUGCAGGGUAAGCAGUUCCGGGUGCUCUUCCUGAGCACGGUGCGCACCCGCCACACCUGCAAGCACAAGCAGACCGCCAUCAAGAGGAAGGAGCAGCUGGUGGAGGACUCCACGGAGGACCUGGACUACGGCUUCCUGUCCAACUACAAGCUGCUCAACACGGCCAUCACCCGCGCCCAGUCCCUGGUGGCCGUGGUGGGGGACCCCAUCGCCCUCUGCUCCGUGGGCCGCUGCAGGAAGUUCUGGGAGCGGUUCAUCUCCAUCUGCCACGAGAACAGCAGCCUGCACGGGAUCACCUUCGAGCAGAUCAAGGCGCAGCUGGAGGCCCUGGAGCUGAAGAAGACCUACGUGCUCAACCCCCUGGCCCCCGAGUUCAUCCCACGGGCCCUCCGGCCCCAGCACCCCCAGGGCUUCAGCAAGCAGCAGGGGUCCCCCCCGAAGGGCAAAGGGCAGCACGCGAACCAGGCCGAGCACUUUCCACCGGAGGGAUUCGUCCAGCCCAACCCGGCCGUGCUGAUGGGCCAGCCCAUCCGCGCCUUCACGCCGCCCCUGGGGGGCACCCCGGCGCUGGGGGGCAAGUCCCCCAGCCCCGUGCAGAGGAUCGACCCCCACACGGGCGCCAGCAUCCUGUACGUGCCCGCGGUGUACGGGGGGAACAUGGUCAUGUCCGUGCCUUUGCCCUUACCCUGGCCCAGCUAUCAGGGGCGUUUCGCCGUGGACCCGCGCAUCAUGAGCCACCCGGCGGCCGUGGCCUACAACAUGAACCUCCUGCAGGCCCACAGCCGCGGCUCGCCUGUCCCCUACGGCGUCAGCCACCCCUCCCCCCUGGGCGUGGGCCAGCAGACCAGCCCCGACAAGGAGCUGCUCCCGGAAGCCAGCAGAAACGGGAAGAUGGACGGCGGUGUGAAACCGGAGCAGAGCCGACUGCAGACGCCGGAGAGGAAGGCCCCCGACCUGAAAGGGAAACAGGGAGAGCCUGACCCGGGACAGAACCGGAGCCCCGAGUCCCAGGAUGCACUGGGCUUCCCCGGCGCCCGGCUCCACAGGAAGGACAAUCCCGGCCAGAGGCCCCUCAACUUCCACCUGGCCCCCCCGAACCCGGCCAUGGCCCCCCACCCCAACAGCAGACAGUUCCCGCACCAACAGUACCCCAUGCCCCGCCCCCCGUUCAGGGUCCCGCCGCAGCAGCAGCAGGGCGGCCUGCCUCCUCAACACCUGGGGCAGAUGCAGCAGCUGGCCUCGCAGUCGCAUGCGCAGCAUGCGCAGCAGCAGCCCUCGGCCCAGCUCUCCCCGGCCUUCCCCGUGGGGAACCCCUCUUUCUUCCACGCCCCGCCCCACGGCAGGGCCCUGCAGUCCCCCGGCCUGGAGGCCAUGUCCGCGGAGGGCCCCGCGGCCGGCAUGAUGGCGGAGGAGGCCGGCGGGCCCCUCAGGCCCCUCCCCCAGCAGCUGGGCCACCAGCCGCACCCCCAGCCCAAUCGCAUCAACAGCUUCGCCGAGGACCACCCCGAGGCGGCGAUGGGGGAGGGGCUCGACAUCCAGGAGGCCCUCAGCCAGCAGGCCCGGCUCAGCCAGUGGAACGAACACAACCACCUGCUGCAGGGCGGGGUGGCCUUCCCCCUGCCCCAGCACCUGGCGCACCUGGCCCAGCCGGGCCUGCGCUUCCCCCCGCAGCUGCUGCGCCCCAACUGGAGGAUGGGCGCCGGCGGCCAGGACGAAGCCGGCCCGCCGUUCCCCAGGUUCCCAGGCCUGCUGCGGGAGAUGGGCCCCCAGGAGCAGGGCGAGCAGCGGGACCCGUCGGAGAUGCCCCCGCCCCAGUCCCGCCUCCUGCAGUACCGGCAGGUGCCCCAGGACCUGCCCCCCCCCUCCGCCAGCCCCAGCCACGGGCCGACCCCCCAGGACGGCGGGCGCGAGCUCGAGAUGAUCAACAGCCCCGCCUACCAGCAGCAGCAGCAGCAGCAGCAGCACCCCGCCUCCCAGAUGUACGGCCCCGCCUUCCCCCACGCCCCCGGACACUCCACCCCGCCCCCCGUCAAGUACCUGCUGUCGGACGGCCAGUGGGCCCACGGCGGCCUGCCGCCGGGCCACAUGCUGGGCCAGGGCUUCCCGUUCGGCGUGCCCGUGCUGGCCCACCGGCAGGAGCAGCUGCACCUCCUGCAGCUCCAGCAGCAGCAGCAGCAGCAGAAGUCCCUGCAGCAGCAGCAGCAGCAGCAGCAACAGCAGCCCCCCAUCCCGGGACAGGAGAGCUACCACCCGCUGUCCCCUCGAACCAUGGCCGCCUCCUCCCUGCAGAACGUAGAAGAGUAUGAACCCAGAGGGCCUGGCAGGCCGCUCUACCAGCGUAGGAUCUCCUCCAGCUCGGCGCAGCCGUACCCAGACGAUUCGGGCGCCCCCCAGGGCGUCCUGACGCAGUGCAAGGACCCGCAGGACCAUCCCCAUCUCUCGUACGGCUACCCAUCCGCCGAAACCUGGCCCGGCAGCAGCGCCCCUGUCCCAUUCCAGAACAUUCCAUGCAAUGGAGCCAGCACACUUCCACACAGGGACCUUUUAGCGCCGUCGAAGGCUAUGCGCUCGUCCGAAGAACACAUGAAGGCAGAGGGCGUCCAGCCGCCGGCCCACGCGUUCGGCUCCCUGCAGCACCUCGGACAGUUCCCUCCGCUCAUGCCCGGCAAGCAGCCCGCGCCCGAUCCCGGAGGAGGAGGAGGGGGCGGGCCCGGCCUGAGCAAGCCCCCCACCAUGUCCUACGCCAGCGCCCUCCGUGCCCCGCCCAAGCCCCGCCCCCUACCCGAGCAGGUUAAAAAGAACAGCGACCCCUUGUCCUUACUGCAGGAACUUAGAAUAGGCAGUUCAAACAAUACCAACGGAUAUUAUUCAUAUUUUAAAUGAGCGCAGCAUAAAUACCAGGCGAAAAAUAAAAUGUACAAAAAAAUAGAAAAUACUUCUCUGAAAAAAAGAUUAUAAAAAGAGCUUUUAGAAGUUGUUCUUAUUGAUAGAUUUUUUUUUUGCUUUGUUUUUUUUGUUUUUUUUUAAACCUUAUAUAUUAGUAAUGCUCAGUUCUUUUACAGUUUGACAUAUCUGUGAUUAAAAAAUAAGAAAAUAAAACAUAUAUAUUAAAAAAAUACAAAAAAUACAUAAAAUGUUGGGGGAAAAAAAAAAGAUUUUAAAAACACGAGAUGUCUUGGUUGACCCCUUCGCUGCCUGUCUUCUGUUUCGUUUAAUGCCGUUCGUUUCAGAAAUGCUUCUCUUUUUUUUUUAAUGCCGAGUUUUUCACCAUUACAGUUGUCUUUUUAUUAUAGGUGCAGCCGAGCGGUCAACCACAUACAUGGUGACUGUAUGAAACAUUGUAUAGAAGUAGUUAAAGCUUUUCUCUGACUGUACAUAUAAUGGAAAUAAACAGACCAGAUAUAUGCCAUGUGCUUAAUUUUCCUGUACCACGUUAAGCAUUGACUUUAGAUUUUCUGUUGUGUUUCUGUGACAGACUAUCUUGGAUUCCCCCCCCCCCACUCCCCCCUCCCGCCACUGUUUGUUUUCCCCAGAUAAUAUCCAUUUGAAAGCUCCAUGACUUCAGCUGUAAAGAACCUGACAAGAUAAUCAUGCGUGAGGCAGACGAAACAAAACAAACAAAAAAAAACAAAAACAAAAACAAAAAA